AUGUCUACUACCACCACGAUGACCCAGACAGCGCCCGCGCCCGAUCUGGAUGCGUACGAUGAGGAGCAGGUCCGGCUCAUGGAGGAGCGGUGUAUCUUAGUAGAUGAAAAUGAUAAGGCGUAUGGCGAGGACAGCAAGAAGACUUGUCAUCUGAUGUCCAAUAUCGACAACGGCCUCCUACAUCGCGCAUUUUCAGUCUUCCUCUUCCGCCCAUCGGACGGACGGCUCCUCCUUCAAAAGCGGGCAGACGAGAAGAUUACCUUCCCAUCGAUGUGGACCAACACCUGCUGUUCGCAUCCUCUGAGUAUCAAGGCGGAGCUUGUGGAGAAGGACCAAGCUGGUGUCCGUGCGGCUGCUAUCCGGAAGCUUCCACAUGAGCUCGGUAUCAAGCCAGAAGAGCUCAAGGCGGAGGAUUUCACGUAUCUGACAAGAAUACACUACCUGGCGCCUAGUGAUGGGCUGUGGGGAGAGCACGAGAUCGACUACAUCCUGUUCUGCGCACUUGACGUCACCCUGAAUUUAAACCCAAACGAAGUUAGUGCGGCCGAGUACGUCUCGAAAGACGAAUUAGAAGCUAUGUUCAACGAUCCAUCCAACUCUUUCACACCUUGGUUCCGCCUUAUCGCCCGAGACCUGCUCUACCCAUGGUGGGACGAGAUGGCGAAGAAGUCACGAGAGGCGGGAUGGAGCCCGGAGAAGGGGGAAGGCAAGAUUGAUCCGAGGGUAUUGCAGGCGGGGGCGAAGAAUGGGGAGGUGUUGAAGAUGGUCUAA